UCAGUGAUGUCUCUGUCCGCAGACGUUUCAACAAACUGGCCUCUGACAGCGGCUACUGCCUCCAGCCUCUCCACCGGAGCAGGAUUCUUCUGAUUCAGGACUAUGGUUGAGCAGCGCCCGGAGAGACGCUCAGUCAGGCCGUUUUCACAAAACAAUAGCUUCAGCUGAUGAUCUGAAAUGGAGCAGCUGCACUGGGUCAGAUUCCGUUGUCAGCAGCUAUGGGCGGCAAACCAUACCCAGGGUUGGUACUCGCCCCCGCGCCCCGUCUCUGACAAGUACUCCCCACAGAGGAGUGCUGGGAAGCGGAGGACUGUAUUGGCCCGCUGGGGUCCACACCAGGACGAGUACCACAGUAUCAGCAAGGCAUACAAGGGCAAUGCAAUCCGCACCACCAAGUACAGCCUCCUCACCUUCAUCCCCAUGAACCUGUUUCAGCAGUUCCACAGAGCGGCCAAUCUGUACUUUCUGUUCCUGGCACUGUUGAAUUGGGUCCCUGUGGUGGAGGCCUUCCAGAAGGAGAUCACCAUGAUUCCCCUGGUGCUUGUUCUCACUGUCAUUGCGAUCAAAGACGCUCUGGAAGACUACAGGCGCUACGUGUUUGACAAGAAGAUCAACCACAACACCACCAAAGUGUACUGCACUAAGGAGAGGGACUACAUCGACUGCUGCUGGAAGGAUGUCCAUGUGGGGGACUUUGUGCGGCUGUCGUGUAAUGAGAUCAUCCCUGCAGACAUGCUAUUGUUGCACUCCUCAGACCCCCGUGGGCUCUGCUACAUCGAGACUGCCAACCUAGAUGGGGAGACCAACCUGAAACAGAGAGAGGUUGUUUCCAAGAUGGAGGAAAUGGAGUUUGUACCUGAGGAUUUCCACUGGCGUAUUGAAUGUGAGAAUCCUAACAACAACCUCUGCAGAUUCAGGGGAUAUAUGGAAAACCCCAGUGGAGCUCGAGUUGGCCUCCAUAACAGCAACCUCCUGCUCCGGAGCUGCAUCAUCCGCAACUCCGAGGCCGUGGUGGGCAUUGUGGUUUAUGCUGGCCAUGAAACCAAAGCGAUGAUGAACAACAGUGGGCCCAGGUACAAGCGCAGUCUUCUAGAGAGACAGCUCAACACUGAUGUGUUGUGGUGUGUCCUGCUGCUCAUAGUAAUGUGUCUCACUGCGGCUAUAGGUCAUGGUAUUUGGCUAAAGCAACUUAAAAAUCCAAUUUUUGAAGUGGGUGAAGAAACAUCCCCUGCACUGGCGGGCUUCUAUGUCUUUUGGACCAUGAUCAUAGUUCUACAGGUGCUGAUCCCCAUCUCACUCUAUGUCUCAAUUGAAAUAGUCAAACUGGGUCAGAUUUACUUCAUCCACAAUGACGUGGACUUGUACAAUGAGCACACAGACUCCAGGAUCCAGUGCCGAGCUCUGAACAUCACAGAGGACCUGGGACAGGUGCAGUACGUCUUCUCUGACAAAACUGGAACUCUGACUGAGAACAAGAUGGUGUUCCGCCGCUGCAGCGUCUAUGGAGUGGAGUAUCCUCACUAUGACAAUGGGCGCAGGUUAGAGGUCUACAGUGCAGACAAAGAGGAGGCAGGUCGCUGCUCCCUCACCCCCAGGUCCAGCUCCAGGAGAAAGUCUCUGAGCUGCCGUUCUCUGAGCUGUAACCACAGCUCUGUGUCCCUCAACACUCUGACAGCUGACUCUGAGGAAGAGGAGGAGCUGUCCUGUACAAGCCAGUGCCGGCCCAGUGCCUUGGCUAAGGAGGUGGUGCCAGACUGUGAGCUGGUGACAAAGCUGAGCUGGCUAUGUGCUCCUGACCUGAAUGUGGCCCACAGCUGUGCCAAAGCCUCCUCCAGCCUGGAGUUGGCCUUCAUCACAGACUUCUUUCUAACACUGGCGAUCUGCAACAGUGUGGUUGUGUCUUCACCAGCGCAGUCUCUAAAUGUCCUUCCUCAGGCUCAGACUCCUCUGCGUUCGCUGGAGGAGAUCAAACUCAUGUUCCAGCGCUUUAACCUGUCUGCGCUUCCAGCUCUGCCCACUCUGCCACCCCCUCUGAAGAGCAGCCUGGCCUCCAAGAUCUUUACCCAAGGAAAGACUGGCUCUUUCACGGUCCCCAAACUGGCUGCAGAAGGCUGUGAUCAGACGCCAAACCCAGAGCACUUCAGUGUAAAUGGUGUGAUGGAUGCUCCUGGGGAAGAAGAAGUGCCGAAGUUGAUGUUUCCUGAGGCCGCUGCGUCGGAGGACGCCGGAGCAGUGGAGCCUGAGGACACAGUAUUGUAUGAAGCAGAGAGCCCUGACGAGGCGGCUCUGGUGUACGCUUCCCGAGCCUAUCACAUGACUCUGAAAGCACGCUCUGCAGACAGUCUGCAGGUGGAGCUGCCCACAGGGGGAACUGUGCAGGUGCCUCUACUGCAUGUCUUGCCUUUUGACUCCAACAGGAAGAGGAUGUCUGUGGUGGUGCGGCACCCCCUCACAGGACAGGUGGUGGUUUACACCAAGGGAGCAGACUCAGUGCUCAUGGACUUGACCCGCUCCCCUACAGGUUUGCAGCUGGCUCAAAAUGUCUACAGUCAUAUCCGGUUACAGACGCAGAAGCACCUGGACAGCUAUGCCAGAGAGGGACUACGCACGCUUUGCAUUGCGACAAAGACAUUGGAGGAGGAGGAGUAUGAGGUGUGGCUCAAGACGCAACUGUUGGCAGAAAGCAGCAUCGAGAACAGAGAGGAGCUGCUGCUGCGCUCAGCUCAGGCCCUGGAGACUAACCUGACUCUUUUGGGGGCCACAGGUAUCUUGGACCGCCUGCAGGAGGAGGUGUCUGAAACCAUUGAAGCUCUGCAGAGGGCUGAUGUCAAAGUAUGGAUCCUCACAGGGGACAAACAGGAGACCGCCAUCAACAUUGCUUUUGCUUGUAAACUACUCUGCCCCUCUGACCAGUUAUUGACCGCCAACUGUGAGGAUAAGGAGAGCUGUGCAGUGUUGGUGCAGGAUUUUCUUCAUCGAGUGACCUGUUAUGUGCCUGAUGACUCGGGCACGGGGUCCCCCAGCACGGGGUCCCCCAGCACGGGGUCCCCCACCACGGGGUCCCCCAGCACAGGGUCCCCCAGCACGGGGCCCCCCAGCACGGGGCCCCCCAGCACGGGGCCCCCCAGCACGGGACCCCCCAGCACGGGACCCCCCAGCAGAGCUGGCUCUGUGCUGGUGAUCGAUGGGCACACUCUGGACUGGGCUCUUCAGCCUGAGCUCCAGGGUGACUUUCUGGAGCUGAGCAAACAUUGCAAAGCCGUCAUCUGCUGCAGAUCCACUCCUCUCCAGAAGAGCCAAGUGGUCCGGCUAGUCCGAGACAAGCUUAAGGUCAUGACUCUGGCUGUGGGUGAUGGAGCCAAUGACGUGAGCAUGAUUCAGGUGGCAGAUGUUGGUGUUGGGAUUUCUGGCCAGGAGGGCAUGCAGGCUGUGAUGUCCAGUGACUUUGCCAUCUCCAGGUUCAAACACCUCCGGAAACUGCUGCUGGUACAUGGCCACUGGUGUUACACUCGUCUGGCCAAUAUGAUCCUCUACUUCAUCUACAAGAAUGUGAUGUAUGUGAAUCUACUGUUCUGGUACCAGUUCUUCUGUGGUUUCUCUGGGAAUGUUAUGACCAACGCAUGGGUUCUCAUCUUAUUUAACCUGAUCUUCACCUCUGUGCCUCCUCUGAUCUACGGGGUUCUGGACCAGGACACACCUGUAGAUGUUCUGAUGGCCCACCCUGAGUUCUACCAGCGAACAAGGACCUCCAAGGACUAUGUUUCCUUGAUGUUCUGGCUGAACAUUCUGGAUGCCUUUUACCAGAGCCUUGUCUGCUUCUUCAUUCCAUAUUUUGCCUAUCGGGACUCAGACAUUGGUGAGCUGUCCUUUGGUUCACCCAUAAACUCCUCAGCGCUGUUCAUCAUCCUGCUGCACCAGGUGGUGGAGAGCCACACUCUGACGUGGAUCCAUGGCCUGGUGUUCCUCCUCAGUGCUGGCUCAUACUUUGCCUUCGUGCUGCUCCUCAGUGUGUUCUGUGUGACCUGCAGCCCUCCUACUAAUCCUCUGGGAGUUGAAACAAUGCAAAUGUCCCAGCCAGCCUUCUAUUUAGUGUGUAUUUUAACUACUGUAACAGCACUGUUACCCAGGUUGAUGUUUCUUGCACUGAAAAACUCAGUCACAGUGAGAGGAGCAGAGCAGUGGUCACACAGCCCCUCUGUGAGGGGCAGCUGUCCGGAUGUGGAGCCCACAGGCCCUGUGCUGUCCUGAGCCCACUAUUAUUACACAGGACUGAUGACUGGAUGCAUCCAAUGCAACUGCUGUAUUCAUUGAUCUGCCUGACUGAACUACAGUUAGUCCGAUGGAGAAACAGUGGCCAAAUACACACACCUUUUCUCCAAUGAGGUGCUAUUUAUUAUUUCACCAAGGCUAAUGCAAAGCGAAAUAAUCCCAUUGUCUAUUUUUUACUUGUUUGAUUUUAAUGUUCCUCGAGCAUUGAGGGACAUCUGAAUCUGUGUAGAUUAUUUAUUUGUCAUUUGAAAAAUGAUACACUGGUAUCAAGUUACAAAAACUCAGAGACAGAAUCUUUCAUAAUCAUGAGGACCAUAGCACAUGCCACGUUCAAUGUUUUGUGCGGUCAUUGUCAGAGUAGAGGUCUCUGCUAAAUGUAUGGGACAAAUGGCACCAUGUCAAAGGCAGUUAUCAACCAUUUUGAUAUGCAAUAAAAAACAGGAUGUGCCUUUCCUUUUCACAUCAACAGUCCCAUUUACAUUAAUGUCACACAUUGCUGUUACUGUCCUAAUGUUUACAAUUUUGCAUUUGCAAAAUAAUAUUUUUUAUUUUGUUAUAGUAUAAUGUUUUUGGUUGUUUUUUUUGUUUUUUUUUUGUUUUUUUGGUUGUUUUUUUUUUUUUUUUUUAUGAAUCUAAUAACACUCCAUAUCAAAUUAUCAAACGUGGAUUGCACGCGCCCAUGUUGCCUUAAAUCCUAUAUAAUCCCUAGUUUUUAUCAUGAAUAAUAUUUUUCUCUAUUUACAAACUCCUUAAGACCGGAAUAAAGACAUUUGUACUG